GAUUACAUAUUGCCGGCUGUCGACGGCGUCAAAGUUAGCUAGCUAGGUCCGUACGUCCGCCGUGCGUCUUCUGCAUGCGGUCGCUGAGUGUAGUAAAGUCCAAAGAUGCCCGGCUAUAAGGGCAUUGUUCCAGUGGGAAAGCCCAAGAAAGAGCUGCACUGCUCGCAGUGCUCGCUGCUUCUCCGCCAGGCCAUGCAGACGGGAGAAGGCGACCGCAUCUGCCACUCGUGUUGGCAGGAAAAGAAGAGAGGUGGCGUCUGGUCGUCCUUGGAAUGCUAUCCUGAUCGUGCUGCCGACAGGGAAGUACAGUUGCUUGAGGUCUUCUGCCCGAGGGGAGCAAACGGUUGUCUGUGGCAGGGUAAACUUGCAGAUCUGGAGGAACAUUUCAAAGAGUGUGGUAAAAAGCCAAACCUAGAGGUGGGAAUAAGAAAGAGGAAGUUGGAAGCUUCCAGUGAUGAAGUACAUGUGCACCAAAUAACAACUGCACUUUCUCUAUCUGGAAAUGUGCUCAACAUCAAGAAAAAACUCCGCACAAAGUUGCGAGAGGCGUACAAGUUGUCUCAAAUACAAGAGACCCACCCUGGGGAGCUUCUCAGAGUAAACAGGGAGAUUCUGGCCUUUAGUCGGCAGCUGAGUCAGCACUCGCGCCUACUAAAGCAAAAGCUUAAUGCCUUUGGAAGUGCCUGCUGCACCAAUUUCUCCGAAUUGUUGCAAAUGAAUUGGCGUCUGCAAUCCCAGGUGCUGUUGCACGGGCCACAGCUUUCAGCCUACCAAGAAAUGUUCACAUAUCUUGAAAAGUUAGAAAACACUCUUACGGGAGAUAUGUUGAAAUUUAAGCAGUGGUUGGAGGCAACAGUGGCUGGCGUGUCAGCUAUUCCACUGAAUCACAACAGGUGGUGUAAAAGGCAGAAAGUCUGUAGAAAUGAAGCAACGUGUGAGCAUCCAUUUGGAGAGCAAGCUAGGGGUGCAUGGGCAUGCACCAUUGAAGAAAAGUGAAAAUCUGCAGCAGGAGCUAGAAAAGCAAGGAAGAAAGUAGAAAAGCUUGAAGAAACAAAUGAAAUGCUGCGAAAAUCGUGUAGCAGAGCGGAUUGCUGCAAAAGCCGCCUAUAUUGUGCAGCAGCUCGAAAAAUCGAACCUGGAUCGGAGGAGUCAGUUGUCAGUCCACCGUUGCUCGACUGAGAGAACAUGCAAGCCAGACUCUGCCGUCGAUGAAGAAAUAGCGGUGCUCCAGGUGCACUGCUCAAAUUCUUCAAUAGGCUGUCUGUGGACGGGAGACCUGAAAGAUAUGGAGGAGCAUGUCUCAAGCUGCGACUAUCAGCCCCGGCCCUGCCCAAAUAAGGGAUGUGGACGUCUCAUUUCGGUAAAGAAGAAAGGUCACAAUAAGACUUGUGUCUUCAGAUCAGUGUCCUGCCAGAUCUGCAACCAAACUUUGAUGGCUAAUAAACUAGAGCUAAUAGUAUGGUUAACAGAUUGUAUGUUUAUAAUGUUUAUAAUUGUGUUUCAGGCCCACUACACACUCUGCCAUGCAAGGAAACCAACGAUGUCCUUAUCCACGGGCGAGAAUAGUGCUCUCUUUCACAGUCUCAAAUAUGCCCAACUAAGCCUUUCACCAGUCAUACCAAGACCUGCUAUGAAACCUGGGCGAGUGCCUGGAUUUACUGACUUCAUCCAUCAAGAUUGUCUGCCUUACAGAGCGAUACCGUCCUGUAUAGUGGAGCAGUACACAUUGGGCUGUGAGAAUCUUGUGCCAUUGAAGAGUUAUGAUCUAGACCACCCCCAAGAUAUUCGAGUAUGUUUUCGGUCCUCUACUGCACAGGUGGAUUCCCUGGGACCGGCCCAUGCACGCAAGAGAAAGUUGGUUACAUCAUCUGGCUCAUCUCUCUCUAGUUGUCCAAUGUGGACAGAGUGUAAGCGACAGAAAUGCUUUAGUGAGGGUGACACGUCGGUCGUUGAUUCACGGGAACGUAAAGUGAAGAAUAUUAAAGAUAAAGUGAUAGAGAUACGUAAUCAGAGAAGUGAGCUACAUCGUCAGGAAGAGGAGCUGUUAUCAGAGCUUCAACAUGCUAUUGCAGGCCAAGGAGAUUUCGGUGCACUGCAGAUAACUAAGCGGGUGUACCACGAGUGCAUUACUGACAUCCAAGACUGGAUUGAUGUGGUGAGAAUGCUGCCUCAACUCAUGAAGCACAAAGUUAUCAGCGGUCCAGAUGAUAUGUAUAAUAUUAUUAACGGCUCACCAAGGGAGAAGUUGCACUAUUUAUAUUCCAAGCUUUGUGGGUGUAAGAAUGGUUUCCAGCUUUUCUAUCAGUGUUUGAGAGAGGACGAUCACUUGGGGCACAGAGAUGCUGCUGACAAGUUGGAAGAAACAGCUCGAAAUAUUGGACCCGGCCAGGCACAUCAGUGCUCUCCGUGAUGUAUUGGAUCUCCCUGAGUGACCAGUCCUCUAACACACACCUCGGCUAUUCGGACUUAUAAACAUCGGACCUCAAUAUGUACAUCCUGGACCUCCUACCCUGAGUUUGCUUACUGUAUCUGUCUUCCUCAGCCACCAUCCUCCGUUCCACACUGCAAGUCUAUUGGUCAUCAACGUCGUUUGGUUCCUACGUACUAUCGUCAUGGUCAUCAACGUCGUUUGGUUCCUACGUACUAUCGUCAUGUUAUGUAACCAAGCAGAGCUGAGCUGAAUUAUUUUACUUGUAUUACACAUCUCCUAUAUACCACCCUGAGCUUGCUUACACAUCUGUCUUGCCACCGACUGUCCUCCACCUUCCGACUCCUCUGACACUGCAAGUCUAUUGGUCAUCAACGUCGUUUGGUUCCUACGUACUAUCGUCAUGUUAUGUAACCAAGCAGAGCUGAGCUGAAUUAUUUUACUUGUAUUACACAUCUCCUAUAUACCACCCUGAGCUUGCUUACACAUCUGUCUUGCCACCGACUGUCCUCCACCUUCCGACUCCUCUGACACUGCAAGUCUAUUGGUCAUCAAUAUUAUCGUCGUUUGCAUGAUUUAACCAAGUGCUGUAUUAUCUACUAUAUGCCUGUAUGAAGAGUAGAAUAUACCAUAGCAUGUGAGUACUUUUUGUAUAAUUAUAGCAUAACCAAGUACUGUGUUAUUAUUAUUAUACUUGUAUAUACAUGUGUAGAGUAGAGCAUUAUUUUGAAUGUCACGCCAUGAGAGCACAGUAAUACUUUUUGUAUAAUUAUGUUUUGCAGCAGAGCUGAAUUUUACUUUACUUGUUGAUAUAAUAUUAUAAAAGUUAUUAGCAUGGCUGAAUUGGUUGUAAAUAUACA